AUGUCACAACAAGCAUUGAUAGAGGAGGCUAGGGAGGCUGUUGAAAAGAAACAGUACGAUGUUGCGGAGUCCAAGUAUCAAAAAUUUUUAGAGGAUUCCAAGCACGAGUCCUCGACGUCCGCCAAAGUGUUACAACUCCAGGAGAAUGCAAUUUUGGAAUUGGGAAAGAUUUACAAGACACUGGAUCAACCUCAGAAGCUCUCCCUAUUACUUACAGAUUCGAGACAGCUACUUGGGAAUUUUGCAAAGUCAAAGACUGCCAAAAUAGUUCGGACAUUGAUUGAAUAUUUUGAUAACUUGACGGGUGCAUUAGAUGUGCAAACUGAUGCUACAAGAAAGUCAAUUGAUUGGGCCGUUGAAUCCAAGCUAUCCUUUUUGAGACAAAAUUUGCAGUUGAAACUAAGUGACCUCUUGUACCAAAAACAUCAGUACCAUGAAGCAUUAAAAUACAUCAAUGAAUUGUUGAAAGAAUACAAAAAACUAGAUGACAAGUCGUCUUUAGUGGAGGUUCAAUUGUUGGAGAGUAAAAUAUACCACGCGUUGCGAAACAUUGCAAAGUCCAAAGCGGCUUUAACCAGUGCAAGAACCUCGGCCAAUUCAAUUUAUUGUCCAACAUUAUUGCAAGCAGAGUUGGAUUGCCAAAGUGGGAUCCUAAACAUGGAGGAUAAAGACUACAAAACGGCAUUCUCCUACUUUUAUGAAAGUUUUGAAGGUUUCAACUCUCAGCAGCUGGAUGAGAACUCCAAAACCGCAGUCAAGGUUUUGAAGUACAUGUUGUUGUCCAAAAUUAUGUUGAAUUUGAUUGAUGAUGUAAACAAUAUCUUAAAGAACAAGAAUGUGGUGCAAUACCAAUCAAAAGACAUAGAUGCCAUGAAAUCGAUUGCUGUGGCGUAUUCCAACAGAUCAUUGAAAGAAUUUGAAAACAAUUUGAUCCAGUACUCUGCGGAGUUGAAAUCUGACGAUAUCAUCAAAAGUCAUUUCAACUCAUUGUAUGAUCAAUUGCUACAAGUGAAUUUGCUAAAGAUUAUAGAGUCGUACGAAUGUGUUGAAUUGGAGCACAUUGCAAAAGUGAUUGGAUUGAAUGUCAAACAGGUGGAGGGAAAAUUGAGUCAAAUGAUUUUGGACAAGGUGUUUUAUGGAGUCUUGGACCAAGGAAAUGGCUGGCUCAUCAUUUACGAUGAGCCAAAAAAGGAUGCUGCUUAUGAAGCGUCGUUGGAUUUGGUGAAGAACUUGUCCAACGUUGUUGACUUGUUGUAUGACAAAGCAACCGCAUUGAAUUAA